AGUCCUGUUUGCAGGGGCGGGACCUCGAACCACCGAGGUUCUUCAGUUAUCCAGAAUAAUGCACCUGAAGCAUGCAGAGGCCACUGUAUCCAGUGCAGAGGACAGUGCAUCUAGUGCAGAGGAAACUGAAACCCUCGAGAAUAAUAACAAAGACUUCUUAAUUUUUUCCAACUGGCCUGACAGCGAGGAGGAUGUGAGCCUCAGGUUCGACUGCCCCCGGCAAACAGGUCCAAUCGAUCCACAGUGCAACAUGCACAAAAGCUGCUUGAACCACAGAGAGGAGACCUCAAAAUCUUUGAUUCCAUCAAAGUUUAACCGGCAGUCGAAUCAUGAGCAACAUUCGCAUCAGUAUCACUCUGGUAGACUGAGGGUCUGCGAGGAGCCUUCGGGGGAUGAAAGCGAUUGCAAUGCUGACAGCAAAUGUAUAACCAGUGAUCAUCCUGUGCGUUUGGAAAACACCAUGCAUCUCGCGGAGUGGAGUGAAGAUGGGACAGAAGAAGAGGAUGACUACAGCGAUGUGACUUGGGGAGAUACUGAGGAAGACUCCGACUCUUCUGACAGCGACGAUUCGUUCAGCGAUGAGAGCGACGAGGAAUUUGAUGAGAGAAUAGAUGACAAGCUCUGGGAAUCCUUCCUCAGCACCGACCCUUACAAUCCAUUGAACUUCAGAGCUUGCCUGAAAAGCAACCCCACUAUGACCGAGGGUCGUCCAGGUUGUAAGGAGUGGUCUCUCGAACAGUGUAAGAAAGGCAGAAAGAUUGUUCCCAAAGUCCUGUUAGAAACAUACAAGAAACCAUCAUUGUUGCCCCAUAGGUGUCUCAGGCACUACUGCCAGCCCAGCACGGAAGAAAAUGUUUCAUUUUGCACUUGGAAGAAGCCGGGAAUAUCUGCAAAACCCGAGGAAGAGGAGAAUAAGAAGAAGGAAAAGGAGAAAGCAACUGUCAAAAAGGUGAGGUUUUCUCCUGUGGUCGAGGUGCACAAGAUGUUGACGUGGCCUUUUGCACUGUGGGCCGCUCGCCGAGGCCCCUGGGAGGAGAUGGCCCGUGACCGGCUGCGGUUUCAGCAGCGGAUUCAGGAAACAGAGAGGGCCAUCAGCUAUUGUCUGAAUGCAAACCACCGAGAGAAGAUGUGGGCAAAGAUCCACGGUUGUCCAAGCACUGUGGAAUGCGCACACUAAUACAUUCCCCCAGCUACUCAGCCCGAAAAGCCUACUCUGCACUUAUGUGAAACCAUGUACUUUUUGGUCUGAAGGUUUCUUUUACACAUAAAUGGCUGGGACUAUACAGUGUGUUGUAGUGAGGUUUGCAUUUCUGGGUAACUGGGCUUUAAUGUACCUGACCAGCACUUGCUCCAAAUGGCUAGCUUCUUAUUCAGGUUUACACAUUGUAAGUGAGCAGCACUUGUCAUUGAGAACAAACCAGAGGAGAGAGUGUAAAAUUCUUCAGUUGCUCUAGUAGUGAACUGUAAGAGAAUGGAAAUAUUUUUCUCAACAAAACGAGGAUGAAUGACUCAAGAUUAUGGGGGUGAGGGGGGUGGGGGGUAUCCCUGAGCAGGGAGUGUAGGAGUAAGGAAGAGGAGGUGCAAGGCAGAGAUUUUGGGAGAGGGUUCCAGAGAGUGGGAGCAUAGUGGAUGAGGAUUUGUCUUCAAGCCUUUGAGGUUUCAAGACUCCAUCAAGUUGAUGGGAGGGAGGAAGGGAAUGGCAAGCAAUAGAUAAGAGUCAGAAUAGCAGAGAGUGAAUAGGUCUUCAGAAGAUUUAUUUUUAUUGGAUCAGCUGGGUACCUGCCAGAUGAGGAAACCCAUCACCAUGCUUUAGAGUAUCCAAACUAGACUUAAUUGCAUAUCUGGAUGCCACCUACAACAACAACAAAAUUACAUUUAUAGAGCGCCUUUCAUGUUGGAAGGCCGUCCCAAAGCACUGAACAAUCAGGUGCCGGGACCCGAGAGGUGGGAGGGCAUCUAUUUCCUAUGCAUGGAAAGAUGGUGAAGGUAAGGGGUGGGUGGGGGGUGGGGGGCAGCUUCAUGAUUGUCGAGGUGAGAAACUUGACCUUUUCCACAAAUAUCAACUGUAGAGGUUCCUUUCCAAAACCACCCAUAGACUGGUUAAUCUCACCUUUAAUUCCCCUGAUUGAAAUAAUAGGACAUUCUUGUCCUCCAAUUGAAAUGUAAUCUUUGUUACACCAAUACAAACAAUGUCAAUUAUUUUUGUAUUAUUUAAUGAAAAUGAUUUGAUAUAUGUAUAUUUUUGUGAAAUAUAUUUUCUUGGUCACUUUUUGCCAUUUGGGUUAUGUGUACAUUUGUAAAUGUUAAAGAUGGCAGGUAUGUGGAUUUGGCCAAAUUGGAGCCUUAUAUAUUUUCUUGUUAACAAAAAAGCACACUGUGAAUG